AUGGAAUCAGCACAUCAAGCCUCAAAACCUGCAAUUCCAGUUACUGUCUUGACUGGGUUUCUUGGUGCCGGAAAGACCACGAUUAUUCUGUCAUUGAUCAAUAAACUACCGCCAAACCUCAAGGUUGCCCUGCUCAAAAACGAGUUUGGGGAUGUCAAGGUGGAUAGCGAGUUGGCAAAGGAAAACAAUAUUCAAGUAACAGAGAUGACGAAUGGAUGCAUAUGUUGUGUUCUUGUGGGCCAGAUGAAGAAUGCUUUAUUGGAAAUUCGAGAUACGCUGAAACCAGAUCGCAUUAUUAUCGAGACAUCUGGAUCAGCAUUUCCUGCACCCAUUGCAUGGCAGAUUCGAGAGAUGGCAGACGAAGGAUUCGAACUUGAUGCGAUUAUUACCGUGAUAGAUUGUGUCAAUUUUACUGGGUAUCAGGAUACUUCUUAUACAGCACGAAUUCAGGCACAAUACACUGACCUGAUUCUUCUCAACAAGCACGAUCAGGUGACUGAACGACAACUGGAUCUGCUGAUUGAUGUAGUGGAUGAACUCAAUACAGAUACACCCAAAGUCAACGUUCCAGCAGAAGGAGUUUCCCCGUCACUUGUAUUUGGUCUCAACACACACUUGUUUCUUUCAAAUGAUUCGCUUUCUACUGGUAUUCCCUUUGAUAUCAACCAUCACGCAAACGAGGUGGAUCUAAUUCACAUUCAGCAAGAAAUGCCUUUGGGAACCUCAUCUGUUUCAGUAUCUCCCUAUACACAAAAUAAGCUGGAGAUGCUUUUAAAAGGGCUAAGCAAAGAUGAAGUGUAUCGUGUAAAAGGGUUUAUUAGGUUGGCUGAUUCGCAACCCGAAAGUGUGUGGAUUGUGAAUUGGGCAUUUGGAAGGUCAACGCUUGUUGCUUCGUCUAGAUUGACAACUGACAGUGCCAGCACAAUGAAAUCCAUGUAUGUUUUACUGACUGUGAUGGGAAAAGGACUGUUUAGAUUGCGAAAAGUAUUUGAACAAGCAUUUCCUUGUGCCGAGGUCAAGUUGCAUUUGGCAAAAUCCUAG